CAACAAACAGAACAAAAGGACUUAAUAUCAUCAUUGCUAGAGAAGGACAAGAACAUUAAUAUAUUCUACUUGAAAGUGAUCAGUGUCAUUGGAUUCGUAUGUGGAUCACUCAAGUUCUUGGUUGCUAUACUGCCAUUCAAUGUACUGCCAUUUGAGAAUGAGGCACAUAAUAUAUUGCGAAUGUACUUUUCUGGUCUUGGAAUGUUCUGGCUGGAAUGGAUGUCGGCAUCGUCAUUCAUUGCCGGCGGCAUUGCCAUGUAUCCAAACAUUGUCAAAGGCUUCAUCAAGCGAUGGAUCAUGCUCGUCAGCACCAUCACCACAUUCAUCGGCUCCUUUGUGCUCUUCUUCAUCACGGGCUCAUUGAUGACCUCACUCUGGACACUUGGCGUCAACAGCAUCUUCCUUGUACUCUGUAUCUAUGUCAACACAAUCACUAGCAACACUCAGAGUGACAUUGCAUCUCUAAACAAGUACACCUACAGUCAUAAGAAGGUGUAA